AUGUCGCCGACCGAGCAAUGCGGUGGUACCUUGACGUUGGAUGAGGCCAAAGUGUUGCCAAAAGUGGAGCUUCAUGCGCAUUUGAGCGGCUCCAUCACGCAGAAGAAGUUGAUGGAACUCCUGGAGCGCAGGGGUCAAGGUGGAAGCUUCCAGCCCUUCAACUUCCAAAACGAUUUGUCCAACGCCUUGCAGAAGUGCUUUGGAUACUUCGCGAAGGUGGCGAGUGUCGUGGUCGACCUCGAGACCUUGAAGGAGUGCACUUUGCACGUCCUGGACACCUUUGCAGCGGAACAUUGCAUCUAUCUGGAGCUCCGAACCUCACCGAAGCAGUUCAAGGUGACAAAUGGCAUGGAGCAUACGACCAGCAAGCUGCAGUACCUCGAAACGGUGCGCGCAGCAAUCGAUGAGUUUCACGCCAAGGCGCUGGAAAGAUAUGGUUUUGUCAUGGAGGUGAAACUGCUGUUGAGUGUCGAUCGGGGAAAGAUCAGCUGCAAAGAAACAGCUUUGGCGCAGAUCGACGACGUGUUGAUGCUGCAGAAGGAGCAUCCCGAUCUGGUGGUCGGCAUCGACAUUUGCGGCGAUCCGCAUCAGCCCACCGUGACGCCCUACCUGCUGCCGGCCCUGAAGGAUCGAAAGGAGCAUUUCCAGAAGCUACCCAUCACCUUCCACACAGCAGAGAUUCUCGAUGACGAGGAGAGCAAGUUGAUCAUCGACAGUAUGCGGGAGCUCAACGUCAGGCGUUUGGGCCAUGUGACUUACCUUCCCGAUCACCAACGGCAACGGGUGCUGGAUGGAAUCUAUGAAGAUGAGGGAGUUGGUGUUGAGAUAUGCCCCACUUCAAACAUGGUCACCAAAGAGAUCCAGAGUUUGCAGGAUCAUCAUUUCCUGGAUUGGUGGAAAAAAUCGGACAAGGUCCUUCUGAGUAUCAAUACCGAUGAUGUCGGCCUCUUCUCGUGUGACUUGUCCUCAGAGGUACAUGACCUUGCUCAGGCCUUUGACUUGUCGCGCGACGACAUCGUCGACAUCCAGCGCCAAGCCAUUCAAUCAGCCUUUCAUCCAGAGAAAGAGCGCUUGCGGAGCAUCUUUGAGAAAAGGUUGGCGGCUGAGUUGCUGGCUCUUGAGCUCUGCGAGAGCGACUUGGAGCUGAUGAAACCUUGGCCGUCCAGCAGUAGCCGCGAUUGCAGCCACUUCUACACCACCUGUCCUGAGGAUGCAAGUUCAUCUGAUGGCGAAGGCUCCGUCGAUCAGUCCGUGCCAGACAAGAAGGACGGCAGCCGGACGACAGCCACGACGCUGGCGGAUUACCUUUCGGCCGCAACGCGUCGUGACGUCACCAUCACUGAUGAGCAAGGGCAACUGGCCGGGAAGGAGAGCGAGACGCCGCCGGACCUGUUUCAGGCUGAGACUGAACAUUCUUGCACAUCGGUGGGAGUCGUUGGAUUUCAGGAGGACAUGUACGAUGCGGUCUCCGUGGCCGCCUUCGGCGGGGUCGUUUUGCAGCUUCCCCGAGGUUCCUGUCACAACAAGCUGCUUUACUGUACCUCCGCUUGGGGCAAGAUUUGGAGAGCCCCGUGCACGGGGAAGGCGGAAACCGCGGAAACCGGAGUGGAAGGCGAUGCCAUAGGGAAAAGGGGUGUUGAGGGUGAACUGAAAAAGAUCUUGCCGUUUGCCAAAGUCCUGAUGAUCUACACGAUGGCGCUGAUGCUCUUUCCGGAGCUCUUGGUGGCUCUCCUGGAAAGUGAUGCCUUGCGUCUCAUGAUGUUCCUGGCGAAUCCCACCACCUGGACGGACAUCCAGCGCUUCGGAGGUCUCACCCAAGGAUCCAUAGCGGCAGGGUUCGAUGUCUUGGUUGCAGUCGAUCAGAACCCUAAGAUGUUAGCGUUGCACUCCAAAGCGCACUCAGCCCAUGCAAUUUGUGGGGACUUCGGAAUGAAGCAAACCGUGUGUGACAUUGCCAAAAAUGCAGGGGGAGCUCAGGUGAUCACCUCGGGCUUCAGUUGCCAGCCCUAUUCACGUCUUGGGGAUUGCAGGGGACAAGCCGACACCAGGUCGUCAUGUCUCACCAAAACAUUGAAUGCUGCCUACUUUUUGUUUUCACAAAUUGUUGUGUUGGAGUGCGUUGCACCAGCGGCGCAAGAUGGAUUUGUCCGUGCUGAGAUCGACCGUUUCAUUCGUCUCACUGGUUUCCAUUGCAGCCAGAUAGAGCUCCGUCUGGAUGAAGUGUGGCCCACUCGACGACAUCGUUCAUGGUGGGUUUUAUCGGCUGCUGACAUUGGGGAAGUGAAACUUUCUCCAUGGUCUCCUUUGACCAAUGUUUCGGAAGUUCAACACGUGAUUCCUGCCCUUCAGCCUUGGGAUGAUGAUGAUGAUGAACAUGCUCUGUCAUUAGAUGAACAUGAGAUGCAUGCCUUUGGUGUGAUUCAUGACACACAUGCCAAGUACCUUUUGAAUGCUAAGGGUCAGUGUCCUUGUGCUUUACAUGCUUGGGGUUCACAAACGAGAGCAUGUCCCUGUGGUUGCCGCUCCAAAGGCUUCUCGUCUGAAAGACUUGAAAGCAAGGGGCUUCACGGAUGUUUGACCAGGAGUGCUCCGUUGAAGGAUGGUACAGUGUUGGUUCGCCAUUUGCAUCCAAAUGAAUCAAUGGCUCUUAAUGCCAUGGACCCAGUCAUCGACUUCGGAAGUGAUGUUCGUCUCACCUUGUCUGCCACCGGUCAGAUUGCAAGCCCGGCACAAGCACUUUGGGUCUUGAGCUCAGUGUCUGCCAAGCUUGCAGCAAUGCGCAUGCAUCCGACCUUCGAGCCCAGUGCCCAACUACAGGCUUAUCGUGCUUGGCUGAUUAUGAGAUGUAGGCAUGUUUGGCCUUGUGAUAUUGAAACCAUCCAUGACCAAAUGUUUUUGUCUCUUGUCAAGUUUUGGGACAAGUAUCACAAUUUGUCUCUUGCUGAAGUCCUGUAUCCGUUGCGAUGGGUAGGUGAGCUCAGUGGCAUUGUCAGUGUGGCUUCAGUGUUGGAUCACAUCAUACGAGAACAUGAGACCAUCCCAUCUACUCUUCUUGACAAGCACAAAGAUGAUGAGGAAGACUUGGAUGCCACUCCAUGGUAUGAUGCGCCCUCCAUUGUUGAUGAUCCCACCACAGAUGGAUGUCUGUUUGCUGAUUCUUGCACGGUUGUUUUUGAAGGCACGUCUGAUUCUCCCAUUCGCUUUCAACCCAAAUGUGACUCUACUGUGCAACAAUUUAUUGAUGCUCAUCAGAAAUUGGUUGGAGAUUUGGUUGUGGGAGCCAUUACUCUCAAUGGAGUGCCCCUCAAACAUGACCAUGUAAUGCAAGUUGGACAAGUGAUCCUGAUUCAGCUCCUUGACGUUCAGGAAAAUGCCAAUGACCCGAAAGACUCGACACCUGCUGUUUCACCCACCGCUGAGUGGACUUGCCCUGCUGAAGUCCCAAUCCGAGUUCCCAGUGAAGAUCCAAUUGAAGUCCAUUCGCCACCCCGUAAGGUAUCCAAAUUUGAUGUGGGUGAGUGUGUCAUUCCAUCGAAGCUUCCUGAUCCGGAUGAGAAUUGGCUUGAUGCUUCCCCAUUCCAAGCGUUGCAGGGUGAUCAAUUCUUGAAGCUGCAGAUGCCAGUAAUUCAGAAUGCACAGCAGUUGUGGUCUAUUCGUCAUCAAUACUUCCGGACCGAAGACAGAUUGGCCCUCAUUGAUGCGCAAAGUGCAUACUGGGCUGAUGAUGAGAUGCGGUUUCACUUAUUUGCCUUGGCACAAACCCAUCAGGAAUACCAUGCUCGUUUUACCAACCUGAAUCCUCAAAUUUGCGUGUUGGACCCUCUGAUUGCUACUUCAUGGAUUCAAAACAAAGGGUUUGAUUGUGCCUUGUGGGGAAAGGAUCACCCAGAAGUUGCGUCCAAAGCUGUGCCCAUAAUCACGGCUGUCUUGGUGGAACAACAUUGGAUUCCUGUUUUCAUGGUUCCAGUUCAACAGGUGCUGCAGGUGAGAAUCUGGGAUGUUGCCUCGGCUGAUCACUCCCGUAUCGAUGCCUUGGCGCAGAAAUUGGCCAGUGGACUUGGAUUGACAUCUGCCCUGCUUUGUCAUGAGCAUAGGUUGUUUUUCACUUCCCAACUGUGUGGUGCUCUUGCGAUUGCCUUCCUUCGGGGAGCGUUAAUUGGUUCCCUGCUGCCCACCACUGAUGCGGAAGCUGGGGCAAUUCAUGUGAAACUCAGGGGUAGCUUUUGCCAAGAAUUGCGCCGAUGCCAAAUUACAAGAAGACCAUGGAUUUGGGGUGCUGGUGACACUGGUGGCCCCCCGGACACUCCGGAGUCAGGAGGCCGUCCAGUUGUCAGUGUUACACGUGAUGAACGUAUUGACCUGAUUAAUAGCAAUGGUUUGUCCAUGGGUGAUGAUGAGAUCAGGUUUCACCUCCUCAAAUUGUUGGAUAACCAGCCUGCGACCCGAGCACCUGGUUUGGAACGACAGUUCACUUUAGUUGAACCUUUGAUCUUCUCUUGUUGGCAGCCUACGGGCAAGACAAUUGCUGAGCUGUGGUCCAGAACCAAUCCCCAAAUACAUGUCCGUAGUCAGCAUGUUGUUACGGCCUUUUCUGUUCAGGGUCAUUGGCUCCCCGUUUGGUUUUCACCAGUUGAUGAUCAUGUCACGCUCCACACCCUGCAUGCUGACGGCCUGGACCUGUCAAUGUUCAAUGAAGUCCUUGCCCACAUUGUCCACCUUCUGGGUUUCAGUUCCCACACCUUGCAUUCAAUACCACCAAGGGUGACUGUACACGAUCUGUGUGGUGCGCAGGCUUUGGCCUUCCUUGCACAUGUCAUCAUGCGUAUGCCACUGCCAGAUACAUAUCAAGAGCUAAGGCAACUCCACACCAACAUGCGUGCAUCGUUUGUUGAAUUUCUGUACAGCCAAGAAACUGUGCCCAAGCCAGUGAUUUGGGGAUCGGGGCUUCCAGGGGAAUCCGGGCUACUCCCUAUAAUGCCCGAAGAAGAACCAUUUGUGGUGCCUUGCUGUGCAUUUGCAGCCACUCGCCCUUUCUCUCGUAGCUCCAUUUGGGAUCACUUUUGUUGCUGUGUCAGUCGUGCGACUGCCAAUCCUGCUGCUCCCACUGAGCAUGACAUCCGCCUCCAACGAGGGGACAUGUUGUUGGCCCACAGCUAUGCGAUGGGUGAUGAUGAGAUUCUGUUUCACCUCACCCAUAUCUUGCAGUGCCUUGAAAGCCGUCCCGCAGAGAGCCGUGAAUUCGUGCUGCUCCCGCCGCUGGAGUUGUGGCAUUUAGAGCAGGGCAACCCCGACCCAUUGCAUGAUUGGAUUCGACGGUUGGGGCUGCGCAGCACACCUGAGAGACAUGUGGUCAUGAUUCUUUGGAUUCAGCAACACUGGAUUCCGGUUUGGUUUGCCCCACAGCCGGUUGCGAUGUGCCAUGUCCUUUCAGAUUUUGCUACUGGAUUUGAGCAGUUUGGCCCACUCUUAAAGUCGGUGUGUGACGCCUUAGGUUCUCCUGAGUUUGUUACUCAUUCUGUGCCUCAUGGACUCCCUACGGACCGAUUGUGUGGAGUGACUGCUGUUAGUUUCAUUGCCCACAUUGUGCUUGGAACACGCUUGCCAAGUGACAUUGAGCAGCUGUAUGCCAGAUGCUGGAAUAUGAAGCAGGUGUUUUGGAGAGCAAUGCAAGAUUCCACGCCAACUCUUCCCACUGUUUGGGGUUGGGGUUCACCAUGGGAAUCCAGGCCACUCCCUUUAAUGCCUGGCUGGGGUCCUUUAGUGGCCUCACUGCAGUCACACCCUGAUGUAUGCCACGAUUGGUGGCUUGUCACUGAAGUUUGCCCACCCUCAACCGGUAUGAGCCCAGAGACUGGAAUGGCCUUCUCCACUCUUCGGUAUCAUGUUGAUUGGUUGAGACAGCAGUGCAUUCCGGAUCUCAUGUUUGAGGUGGUGUCCAGUUUCCAUGAAUUUGAUGCUGCCCUUCAUCGGUUUCACUUUUCCAGCGCUCAAGGUUUGUUGAUGGCAGUGUUGCAAGACUUCCAUUGGUCACCAGUCAUUUGUUGGAGAUACGAUGCCUGUUGUGUCCUUGCAUUUGAAACUUGCUUGAAAACCUUCCUUGCCAGGCUUCCCCAAUGGCUGACGCCUUGUGAAUUGGAGGUACCGGUACAAGUUUUUUGUGGUGCCAGGACGUUCCGCAUCCUAGCUGCAUUCACAGGCCACUGCACCAUGAUGCCAGAUGCCGAGUUGCAUGAAGUAUUGAUUGAGUCUUGUUCUCACCUGUGCCUUGACGGUUCACUUGUUGGUUACGGCCCCAGCGGGCAGUUGGUCAAGAAUUUGGCGGUUGAGCUGUCCAAACAUGGGGUCCCAGAGGCUCUGACGGAAGAGAGAGCACUUGCAGCUAUCAAGACCCUGGGAAGUGAGCAAAUUGCUACUGCACUUGGCCACCGGAAUCCAUGGAAACAGUUGAAAACCCUGGGAAACCUUUCCAAGUUUCACUUCGUUCUCCCUAGUGAACUUGUGAGUGAGAUUGCCAAAAAUAAAGGGAAACCGGUUACCCCUAAAGGGAAAGGCAAAGGGUCAUCCAAGUCUGUCUCACAUGCUGUAGAGCUUGAACCGAGCAAACUUCAAAUCAUGGAGGGCACUUUCCAAGCCCAAACUCACACCAUGUUGCAGUUGACCAUGAAGCAGAUUGGGCCAGUCAGCAGUGGAGUCAUCCUUGCGACUAUGCGGGAGGCUGAGCCAUAUUUACGAGCGGGUAAACCUGUGUCGUCGGAGCCCCUUGCCCUGGUGGUUUUGUCCCGCUCAUGCUCGGAUGUACAGACAGCUUUGCCUCACACUGCGGUGACAGUGCCUUGCCGUUGCACUGUCAAUGGAGAGCCGGUCCUUGCAGAAGCAGUUCUGGUACAACUCGGCACUGGCAUAGUUGAGAAAGCAACCGGUUCAGCCCUUGUGAGCGUUGACACCCCUGAUGUUGUCACUUUCAAAAUCAUGGUGUGCAAGGAUGAGUUGCACAGUGACUGGAAUGAGUUUUGCCUUGCCCCUAUCAGAUGUUUAGUCUCACUGCUGCCAAAGCUGAAACGUUGUCUCACUGAGGGCUGCAAUUGUGAGGCUUGGCACUAUGAGGAGCAACUGCCAUUGCGUGACCCGAUCCUGGACGUCUGGCGGCGCCAAUUCCUUAGAUCAGGUUUUAAGCCAUGUCCUGCCGACAAAGCUGAAAUCUUCUCUGUUUGCAUCAGGACGCCACAUUGCAUUUUGACGCCUAUGCUUGCAACCAGUGGCUCCUCUGGCGCCUAUUGUGAGCCCAGAACGCCAGACGGGAAAGAAGUCCUCUCUGACUUCACAGUGGUUUGGACGCCAAAACACAGUUUGCAGCAAAUGCAGCACCUGAUGCAGACCAACCCCGCUGUGCAAGGACUCGCCCGCAUUGGUGAGCGCAGGGGUCUCCGGGUCCACACAUCUCAAGCCAAGACGAUUCACCAGGUAGUUAGACCGGAUUCAAUCUACCUACCAAGUGGGCCCAGAACACUGUAUACCGUGGGACCGUUUCCCUUUGGUGUGGAUCGACAGGCUGUUGGAAAGAUCUUGCAUGCCGCAGGCUGGGAGUGCCGGCCUUUACAGCCCACGGCACCAUGCCCAGGGCGAGGUGCAAUGUGGCUCGUGCAAUCGACUGAAGAGCCAGUGCAAACCAUUAUUGCCACAACCACUGGGGAGAUUAUGAUUGCCAAACAGAAGCAGGAUGCUGUCUCACCAGGUGCCCAACCAAAGACUGUUGGUUCUGCCGCCACUUUGGCAUUGUGUGGAGCUCCAGUCCCUGGAAAGCAAACGGAACCAGACCCAUGGGCACUUCAAGACCCUUGGAAGACGUAUCACCCAACCGUCGGCCCACAGCCUGCGUCUAGUCCUGCCGAAGGUCUGCAGCAGAUUGAGGAGCGGAUCCAAACAGCGGUUCUUGCCAAAAUUCACCCAGCAAUGGAACAAGAUGAUGUUCCGGAUCGCGUCCAUGCACUUGAAGGACAGGUACAACAGCUCCUGUCGAAGCAGCAAAGCCUGGAAAACAACUUCCAGGAAUUCAGUGGCCAUCACUCUCAGCAGCUCAAUGCUUUGCAGGGGCAAGUGACAGCCCAGGCCCAACAAUUGCAUGGUCAUUUAGAAAACCAGAAUCAGACGAUGCAGUCGCUCUUCGAGCAGCAGAUGCAACAAAUUCGCGGCCUUUUGGCUAAGAGACCGCGUGACGAUGGUAUGGAUUUUGCCUGGGUGGACACCCUGUACCUGCACAGGGAAACCGGACACAUCAUGCUGCAUGGCGAGGGUCCGAGAUAUCUUGCAGGAGAUUGGAACGUGACACAACAUUCGCUUCCUGUGUUUGAACAACUGAAUGCUGCAGGUUUUGUCGACCUCCAAGACAUUGCGCAUGCUAAGUGGGGUAACCCCAUUCAAGCCACUUGCAAACACACCACGAGGAAAGAUUUUUGUUAUGUUUCACGUGAACUCCUGGCUAUUCUGAUUGAUGUUCAGGUUGCUCAUGAUGUCUUUCCGGACCAUGCAGUCUUGAUUGGGAUAUUCCGCAAGUUGGGGGACUGCCCGCCCCGUUUUGUGUGGCCUAGUCCUCACUGCUUUCCUUGGCCAGUGCAUUGGCAAGUUGACCCGAGCCAUUGGGCGAAUGCUGAGGGCACUGCAGACCAGCGGUAUUUGGCAGUUUGGAAACACAUUGAGGCACAGGCCUGCCUGGAUGUUCCUUUUCCUGUCGCCAAGCGAUUUAGAGGGCGUGCCAGCACGUCUGACACUCGUCAGGUUUUUGAUGGUAAAAUCCCGCCCCCUAAGAAAGCUCGUAAAGGAGACCUGAAACCACACUACCUUGCAGCGACCUUUCGACAUGCACAAUGGCUAUGCCAGACACGCAGACUGCAAUCGUAUGUCCGCUAUGUGGCUGUCAACCAGCAGUAUGAUGCACAUGCUUGCAAGUUGUGGGGAGCAAUUGUUCGGUCGACUGGUUUCACACCUAGUUUCACGGGUUGGUGGCAAUCAUGCAGCUUUAGGACCCAUUGUGCCCCUAGGAAUGUUCCUUUGUGCCCACCUGAUGCUUCCACUGCCACCCAUAUUUUUGAUUCGGUUGUGUUGGCCUUCCGAGCGAUGGAAUCGGAACUGCAGCAAGCAUCACGCCUUUAUGCCAAACAAAGGCGUGAGAUGAACCCUAAUUCCAUUUUCUUUGAUUUGCGCCCGCCUCAAACGCAAGGGGUUGAUGUCCUGUUGAAUGCCCAGACGGCCACUGUUGUUGAGGUGCGCAAUGAAGAUCAAAUGGUUAUUUUGGAUAGACCGUUGACAUGGGAAGCUGAGGUGCCACUCAUUUGCAAUGGUCAGUCGCUUGAGGUUAUACAUGCUGAACACGAUGCAGUGUGGGUUGAGCAGAGUGAUCAGGUUCACCCAGGACAGGUCAUCACACAAGUCCAGCGAAAGGGUACGACAACUGAAUUGUUUGAUUUGUUCUUGAGCACAUGGAAAGAGAUGUGGGAACGACAUGCUGCUGUUUCACACGACCGAUGGGAUGUCAUUUUGAGUUUUGCACGUUUGACCCUGCCUCGCACCUCACCAGCUUGGAGGAACAUGGCAAGUGAUGAUCUAGCAUCUUGUAUUGCCCAUAAGCGCCCAGCGACGUCUGCAGGGCUGGAUGGUGUCACCCUACACGAUUUGAAAGCACUCCCCUCUGAAGCGCUCUGCAAUUUUGUAGACAUGUUCCAGUUUGCUGAAUCCACAGGCAGCUGGCCAUCACAAGUUGUUGCAGGACGUGUGACUUGCUUGGCCAAAAGGGCUGAUCCCAGUGAUGCACUGGAUUUUCGUCCGAUUACUGUGCUUGGUUUGUUGUACCGCUGCUGGGGGACGUUUCAUGCGAGACAGGCGAUUCAGGCGCUGGAGAACUUCCUCCCUACUGGCCUUUUUGGUAGCAGACCUCAAUGUUACGCCGGCCAGAUUUGGUCCCAGCUGCUAUGGAGCAUUGAGAUGGCAUACGAGACUGGCAUGCAUUUAAGCGGCAUCAUUGCAGACAUUCAGAAAGCAUUCAAUUGUUUGCCUAGGGAGGUGGUGCUUGAGAGUUGUGCCAUUUUGGGCAUUCCCUUCUCUGUCUUGAAAGCAUGGGCUGGGGCUCUCACUACCAUGCAACGACGGUUUCAAAUCAACGGCAGUUUGAGUCCGCCAGCCUUUAGCAACUGUGGGCUUCCGGAGGGUUGUGCACUCUCUUGUGUAGGGAUGAUGGUUGUUGACAUGCUAUUCCAUAACUGGAUGACACAUUUCUUCCCGUUAUGCCAGCCGAUUUCAUAUGUUGACGAUUGGCAGAUUCUCAUGCAUGACUCGCGAGACCUUGAGAAUGUGUUUGCCUGCCUGGAACGUUUCACACAUGCACUCGAUUUGCGCCUGGACCACCGCAAAACCCAUAUGUGGUCCACUUGCGCUGCCACUCGGAGUGAUCUCCGUACUCAGGGGUAUAAACUUUCAACUGGUGGUCGAAACCUGGGUGCACAUGUGCAGUUUUCACGGCAACAUACUAACAAGAGCCUGAUGGACCGUAUUCAUUCAGUCACCCCUCUCUGGCCCAAGCUCCGAAUGUCGGCAUGCGGCUAUCGGCAAAAAGUGAGAGCGCUUACUUGUGCUGCGUGGCCCAAGGCCCUUCAUGGAAUAGCUGCGACCUCAGUUAGCCUUGCUGCUUUUGGUUCGCUUCGUUCCGGGGCUAUGAAGGGCCUUCGGGAGGACUCUGCUGGGGCCAAUCCAUUUGUUCACCUUGGCAUGCUUGAAAGACCUUGCACAGACCCUCAUGCCUGGGCCAUAAUACAGACUUUGCGCCUUGCCCGCGACUGUGGACAGAAAGAUCGAGUGGAACAGGUCCUCACAGAGAUUGUUGGUGGCUCUGAGGCCUUCCCUGCCAAUAGCAUCACCAACACGUUGUUAGGCAGAAUCCAAAGCUUAGGAUGGCAUGUUUCACCUGUGGGCCACCUGCAUGAUGUCAUAGGCUCGUUCUCACUCUUUGAGAUUUCUGCUGCUGAGCUGCUUUUCCGGGUUGAGUUCCAAUGGCCCUCUGUUGUGGCGGCUGAGGUGUCUCACCGACCUUGCUUUUAUGGCCUUGAAUAUUCAGACCCGGCUGAUGUACGGAAGUGGUUAGCUUCACUGGAUGUUUCAGACCAGGCAUUGUUUCGCAAGGUGUUGAACGGCACCCACAUUACGCAGGAUGGGAAAUCUUAUUGCCAGGAGAGUCAGGAUGACAUGUGCCCUUUCUGCUCCUGCAGUGACAGUCGGUAUCACAGGUUUUGGCAGCGCGAGCAUUUUAAUUUUUUGCGUCAGGAUGUCCCACAUGAUGUUCUUGAUGCCAUACUUGAUUUGCCUCAAGCACUUACUUGUUCGGGUUGGUCCCUUGCGCCGUCUACUUGGUUGGAAUGGUGCCAAUACUUCGAUGCUUUGAGACCUAGCCCUGUCCCCUCAUGCAUGUUUCAAGGUGAUGUUCAUCUUUUCACUGAUGGCAGUUGUGCCCACCAAAAGUGCUCGUAUACACGCUUUGCGGGUUGGGCUGUGGUUGUUGCUCCUGUUCAGUGCCAGAGUGAGAUUGCGCCUUGUGAAGUGAUUGAUUCAGGUGUUUUGCCAGGUUUACUGCAAAGUGCGGUUCGUGCCGAGAUCUUUGCUGUGUUGCGAGCCCUGUCAAUUACUAGGUCUCACCAAGGAGCUGUUCAUAUCUGGACGGAUUGUGAUGCAGUGGUCAAGCGAUUGCGCCGUAUCAUUGCGGGUUGUGAGGUUAAAACCAAUAGCCUCCAUGCCGAUCUUUGGCUUGAGAUUCAGCAAUGUGUGCAGGACCGGCCAGGGCCUACAUUCAUCACACGUGUAGCUGCCCACCAGUGUGUUGAAGCAGCGACCAGUGCUUUUCAGGAGUGGUGUUUUCACCAUAACACGAUUGCUGACACUCAUGCUGUUCGUGCAAACUAUAGGCGAGACCAGGUCUUUUGGGAGUUGUAUCACCGCCAUGUGUCUGCGAAGGAGGGCAUUUCUCGAAUCAACCGUGUUGUGCAGCAGGUGCAGUUGGUCAUCAGUAGGGAGGUUGUCCGCAAUCAAUCACCCUUGCAACUUGACGUGACCCAGCAUGAACCAGAAGAGGUUGAGCUCCCUUUGCCUGCAGUACCUUGGAAGCCUUUGCCUCCGCUCCAUGUUCCAGGUGGGGCGAUCAGAUGGUAUGGUGACGCGAUGCCGAGGCUCAUUCUAAGUUGGUUCUGGCAGACGCUGGACCGUCGUUCUGAUGGGAUGCGAUGGGUGUCACAUUUUCAAUUGUAUGCGGAUUUCAUGCACAGCACGGGUCACCCAGGCCCUACGCAUUUAGACAAAUGA